CUAGGUGACAUGUCCUGACGACCAUGCCCGCGCGGUCCGGCCAUGAGGCGCGGCGCGACAUGGCUCUGCGCUCUGGUCGUGCUGCUCCUGGCACCCGCACCCGCCCUCCCGCUGGACUUCAUCGGAUGCUUGUUUGAAGAUCUCUGCGAAGAUUUCGAACGCUGCUUCAGCGAUGGCGCGUUCGGGCGGUGCGUGUCCAACUUUGCCAAGGACGAGGACCUAAAGAGAGUGGAGCUAUCCAGCGAUGAUCUGUCCGAGCUGGCCAAUCUUCUGGGACUGCUGGUAGCGGAGGGCCACCGAUGGUCACACAUCUACACCCAGUGCAUUCUGCAGACCAAGCUCCUGGCACUCGAGACCGGGCAGAGGCACGAUGGCUCCGCCUGCGAGCUCGUCAACGACCAGCCAGGGCUGCCGCCGGGGUCACACGGCGUGCCGGCCCUCCCCGUCGACGACGACGAACCUCCGCCGCAGGACACCGACACCGCUGAUGCCCUGGUCCGGUUCAGCCCGCCCGGUGACGGGUACGCCGAAGAACUCUACGUACCCACCGCCUACCGGACGAUGGACGAAACUCUAAUGCCGGAGAGCGACCAGCCGCCGCCGCCGUUCGAGUGGACGUGGCCACCUGCCGACGACCAGCCGGCAGACAUCAACAACAACAUAUUCAACAGCGACUCAUCCAGCGUCUUCUUCCCGACCGCCCUGAAGAGAUCGUCGGCACCGCUGGAGGACAGCGCGCCGGCCUACAUGCUGGCGCCGCCGACGCAGGCCAAGCUGGAACAGCUGGAGCAGCUGCUGCAGGACAUGAACCGCGAGCUGCAGCUGUCCGAGGCCGAGCUUUCGGACGACCUGGAGCUGGUGGGCUCGCCGCCCGACUACGAGGACGCGCUGGACGAGCUGCAGCGGGCGGAGCAGGAGGACGACGAGUCCGGGCCGCGCUCGCCGGCCGAGCUGGUCAUCGACUACGAGCCAGCCGAGUACGCCAACUACGCCAGCUACGCCGACUACUACGACGCCGACCCGAUACCGCUGAGCGUGCGCUCGGACCCAGAGUUCCGGCGCGCGGAACGGCUGGACAUCAAGAAGCCCGGCCCCUGGUUCGGCGUCAACAACUACGCCUUCGACUACGACUAUGACGGGAAGGCGCCGCCCAUGGAGGAAGAUAUGGGGCCGCUACCGAUGGAGCCGAUGGAGUCACCCAUGUCCCCACCACUGCCCGUGUCUCGGCACAAGUCUGCAGAGGACUUCUCCGUGGACAGUGUGGACAGCGAGUCGCAGCGUGUGGACGAGGUGGCGAAGGACGUCACCGUGGCCCCGGCGGCACAAACCGAGCCCACGGCGACAGAUACCCCCCAGGUACGAACCGAAAGACUCCCGCGUCGCGCGACUGAACAACGAAACAAGAAGUCCCUGACGAGCAAGUUCACGCGCUACCCGGACCCGAAGGACGCCAUCGACACCACUUACACCUACCUGAAAGUGAAGGACUCAUUCCAGACCUGGAAGAGCGGAAAGCAGCUGGUGGAGCAGCUGGAGGAGGACCUAUCUCUGCCGCGCAACACCUUCGACAACAUCAGAGUUGUCGGCGACCAAGUGAUGUUUAAAGUAAAACCGAACCCAGUUGGUUACAACUCAUCAGUAGUGGCGGCCAAAAUAGGGGGCCUGCGAGGAUCACUGGAGAAAGAUCUUGGCGUGACGAUUGUGGCGGCAGGAGUUGGUGACGGGGAAGGUGAACAAGUCGUACCGCGGCCGCUCCUGCCCGGUGAUCGUGCACUGCAGCGACGGCUGCGGCCGCACCGGCACCUACUGCCUCAUCGACAUGGUGCUCAACCGCAUGUCGAAGGGCGCCAAGGAGAUCGACAUCGCCGCCUCGCUGGAGCACAUCCGCGACCAGCGCGCCGACAUGGUGCGCACGCGCGGCCAGUUCGAGUUCGUGCUGAUGGCGGUGGCCGAGGAGGUGCACGCCAUUCUGAAGGCGCUGCCGCAGUGAGCGGCGCGGCGCCGCAUCCGCCGCCGCCCUCCCAGUAUUACGUCAGACGUCGCUGUUUGUGUGUCGUUGGUGUUUGCGUCUAUUGGUGUUCAGUGUUGGCUGUUCAGGGAGUGUGAGAAGCGCGGGCGGGGCCGGGCGAUCGCGCAGGGCCGGCCCGGAGUGGCUCGGCCGUGGAGGGGACCCGUCUCGCCGGGGUAGCCGGGACAGCCAGCCAGCGGCUGGUAACCCGGCGCUUCUCAACCGCCGUGCGAUGGGCAAGGCGUCACCAAAUGCUCCAUGACUGGCCAAAGAAGCGGACAGAGUGCAAAACCGUACUGCGGAGCUUGCUUGCGUCGGGGUUACAGAAACCCCCCAAGCGGGAAGACGAGUGCACAACUGACUCGCACGGGUGUCAGUGCCCCCCACCCCCGCAUAGUUCGACCCGCACACCCGCCAGCUGUUGCCCUCCGCAGGCCGACCCGCCCAACCCGAUCCCUGGUCCCAGCUCAGAAGGCCGCACCUGGAGCAAAUCAAUCGAAGGCCAGACCUGCCCUGUCGAUGUCGCAACUGGAGAAAACCAAAAAACGCGAAAGGCUUGAUGCGGCGCAGAGCUUGGAGUGUGGUCCCCCGGGAGUCGGCGCUGUGCCCGACCGCCCGUCAUCGGUUGGAAGCCCCUCCUCCUUAGAAGCCAUUUUGGACCCAGCCUCCCAAAACGGUUUCUUCCUUUUCCAUUCGAUGACGGCGCGCUCCGCCGCGGCGUCGGAUCCCGGCCGCGAUGUCAUGUCGACCGCAGCGCCGCCACCAGCGGAAAUCAAGAACUAACACUUGCUUUCCGCUACCGGUGGCGCGUGCUUUCCGCAGAAAACGUUACAAAAAAGGAGUUCGUGUUAAUAGGUGGACUAGGAUAGAAGUUGCCUGUUAAUGUAAGAUGUUUAUUCUGGUUGUCUCUCGCCAAGAUAAACUAUUUUUGUGAUCCAUGUCGCGGUCCUUGGGCGCCCGGUAAGUAGGCAUCAAAUAGACAAACAUUUCGUUGUA